AAAAAUUACGAUAGAAAAAUAUAUUUAUGUUAUAGAUAACUAAAUCAACGUUAAGCAAUAUAUCUUUUCAAAUUAAACCACGCAUUAAUUAGUACAUUACGAAUCGUAUACCAUGCAGAAUGUAAUAAAUCUUUUUCAUUUUUCACGUAAACACUUUCACGUGAAAUUCGUAAUGUGAAAAGUGAAAAAUGAAAAAGUUUCAUGAUCGAUACCCGAUCUCUACAUCCAGCUUAAAAAUUCUGGCAACCCUGGUUAGGCAACGAGACACGUUAGCCCUCACAACUGCAAGCGGGUUGGAAAUCGCAUCACUGGACUGAGAAUGCGAUUAAAUUACUACAAAGUGCUCGGCUGUAGCAAUAACUCCACUCAAGAGGAGAUUAAACAUGCUUACCAUCGAUGCUUAUUGCAGUUUCAUCCCGAUAAGAAUGAUACAGUAGACAUCCAAGAGUUUCACGAUGUCAAGGAAGCUUGGCGGGUGCUCGGACAUCCACAGUCCAGGAAGGAGUACGAUGCAGCUUGCAAACAGGAACAGUUAGAGGCAGAAAACAGUCCUGUGUACGCGCGUCUCACACCGAAUGACCUUGAAGAAUCUGCUCUUGAAGACACAUUGUUCUACCGCUGUAGGUGCGGCGAAAAUUAUCUUAUUGAACGCGAAUCUCUUCGAGAAAAGAACACUAUGCUCCAAGUGAUAUGCGACGGUUGUACACUUAUUAUCAUUGUUGAAACAUAGCAUAUUUUUUUUAUACUAUAGUUUAUACAAUAAAAUAUAA